AAGCAGACUGCUUCUACAAACAUUUGUGAAAGAAUGGGUUGCUUUCAGGAGCUCAGUGAAUUUAAGCAUGGUACCGUGAUAGGUUGCCACCUGUGCAAUAAGUCCAUCCAUGAAAUUUUCUUGCUUCUAAAUAUUCCACAGUCAGUUGCUAGUGAUUUUAAAACAAAGUGGAAGCAACUGGGAACAACAGCAACUCAGCCACGAAGUGAGCAGGGUCACUGCACGCUGAAAUGCAAAGUGCACAGAAGUCACCAACUGUCUGCAGAGUCAAUAGCUAAAGACCUCCAAACUUCAUGUGGCCUUCAGAUUAGCAUACCAACAGUGCAUAGAGAGCUUCAUGGAAUGGGU